ACAUAAGUGGGGUCCAGUGCUAAGUGGACGUGGAGUUAUGCCUCCCUGGGGGGAUGAGGGUGAAGGGUGAAGACUGAUUUCUGAGUGUUGUUCCUGUGUGGGAUGACUUCAUGCAAACUAGAACUAAUCUGGAAGAGGGGUGCAAGUUUCUUCUGGGGCCCCAGAUACCCUGCUUCGAUGCCCACCCCCUCCCCCAAGCAUCUCUUGCCUCCUGGAGCCCUAGGGGAAGUGGCUACUCCUGGCCCUGGGUGUGAACAGCCCAUCCUGGCUGCCUUCCACAGGAAACCUGAUCUGAGGGACAGAACAGGAAGGAAGCAGAUGGGUGUGGAGCCAGGAAGCAGGGAAGGGUGGCACAGGGCGGGGCUCCGAGCUGGGAAACACUAUAAUUGUCACAGUCCAAACCCUGUUCCCAGCCCCAAAGCUGGGUCUUAUAGAGGCCAGGGAUUUGGUGAUGCCCUCCUGUGCCCAGCUGCCGUUAGAAUCCAACCCAGCUCUCAAAGGCAACCUCCUCCUCUAAAGCUUCCCUUAGCCUUCUAAUGUGACCUCAGGCAAGUUUAACCUGUUUGUUUCAACCGUAAAAUGGGAUAAUAGAAACUACCUCACAGGGUUGUUGUGAAGAUGGACUAUAUUAUGUAACAUGCUGGAAAAGUCCCUGGCACAGGGUAAACAUUCUAGAAAAGUUUACUCUGUUUUUUUUUUCUUCCUAGGGUGCUGUGUAUAUCUGCCCAGAACCCUGGCCCCAUCCUGCCUGGUUUCAUCUGUGCCUUACCCCGUAGACUAUGAGCUCCUUGAGGGCAGGGCCCAUCCCUUUUCUACUUCAGUAGUCACCUCCUAUCCCCAAGAUACUGUGGCCAUACCAGGGCUUGCCCAGAGGAGGGCUGAAGAGAUGCACUUAGAAUUAUCCAAUGAAGUUGCCACUAGAGAUAGAAGCACAGGAUUUUGUCUGUCCUGGAGGAGCUGAUAGACUAGAUGAGGAGCUGAGAGAGACACAGGGAGCAAAGAGAAACGUUAGGUGCUAAAUCUUGGGGCACCCACUGUACUUAUUUCUGGAGUCAGGGAAAGGAGAGUUGGUAUAGGCUGGAUAGGCUGAGAAGGGCCUCCCGGUGAGGUGAUCCUUUCACCCAGCCCAAGCCUGCAGCGGGGAAGCAGGGAGAGACGAGGAAGUAGGUUCACUGGGUACUGCUGAGUGUACAGUGAGGAGUGGUGGGAGCUGUGGCAGGGGAGGUGGGGAACAAGGGGCCAGUCUACCCAAAGGCUCACCAGAAAGGCAAAAUGCCCUCUCCCUCCACUAUGGGCCUCCUGUUUCCUCCAUCCCAAUCUUGGGAGACCCCCGAGUUUGAGCUUCAGAAACUCUGGAGCUGAAAGGUUUGGCCUCAAGAUCUGGCUCUGCCAUUUACUAGCUGUGUGACCUUGGGCAGACCAUGUAUGCCUUCCAAGCCUCAAUUGGGCCAUCUGUAAAAUGGUGAUAAGAAUACCACCUGAUUCACAUAGCUGUGGGGAGGACUGAAGGAGAUAACGUCCAGAAAGCAUUUAGCCUGCCUAGCACACUGUCGUGGCCCAAUAAAUGGGAGGCGUCUUGUUUUCUGUGCAGACUUUGCCACCAAUGUCACUGCUGAACUCUGGCUCGCCCCACCGAGGGGAGAGGCUGACCCCUCCGGAGCCAAAUCCACCAGUCAACUCAGACAGCAACCCAGGUCACGUGCCAGAGGAGGACCCUGAGGAAACCUCUGCUCAGGAUCCUGAAGUCCUGAGCUUGGGGAACCCUGGCCUGGACACCAACCAAGCCCCCAGCUGGCCUGGACUCCGGACCCUCCUGCAGCAGCUCCCUCCACAGGACAGCGAUGAGCGCUAUUGCCUGGCCCCUGGGGAGGAGGAGCUGGCUGAGCUGCGGCUCUUCUGUGCCCAGCGGAGGCGGGAGGCCCUGGGACAGGGGGUGGCCCGCCUAGUACCUCCCAAGCUUGAAGAAUGCACCUGUGAAAAGUGCAGGGAGCGGCUGAGGCCAGGGGAGUACGGAGUGUUCACAGCUCGGGCAGGAGAGCAGCGCUGCUGGCACCGGGCUUGCUUUGCCUGCCAGGCCUGUGGCCAGGCCCUGAUAAACCUCAUCUACUUCUACCACGAUGGGCGUCUCUACUGCGGCCGUCAUCACGCAGAGCUGCUGCGGCCGCGCUGCCCGGCUUGUGACCAGCUGAUCUUCUCCCGCCGCUGCACCGAGGCCGAGGGACGGCGCUGGCACGAGAACCACUUCUGCUGCCAGGACUGCGCCGGGCCCUUGGGCGGGGGACGUUAUGCCCUGCUGGGCGGCGGCCCCUGCUGCCCCAGCUGCUUUGAGAGACGCUAUUCGGAUGCCGGCUCGAGUCCGGCCCCGACAGUGGAAGGCAGGGCGUCCCCGGGGGAGGCGGAGAUCGGCGGAUUUGAAGAUGGGCACCGCGCCCCGCGGAAUGCCGCGAUCAUCUCCCGGGCAGCCCUUCUCGCUACUGCCGCCAGCUCCAGUCUGGAAACCCACAGGGGGAUGCUUGGAUCCAGCCCGGAGCAGGAGUGUAGAGCUGGGGACCAGGAGGAGACACCCAAAGGGCAAGAGCAGGGCUGCCCAGAGACUCCUCUUGAUCCCAAGGAGGACGCUUCCUGCCCCACCUGCUCCUCUUCCUCUGAAUCGGAACCCGAAGGCUUUUUCUUAGGCCAGCGCCUUCCCCGGCCCUGGGAGACCCCCGGCAAUCUCCAAGCUGGGGACAGCGACACCUCCAGGAAGCAUUGCACCAUUUGCUAGUGGCGCGGCCUGGAGAAAGGGUGGCUGGGGAGGUAAUCUGUACGGUGAGAGAGCA